GAUGUUGCAGCUGAAAACAUAAAUGCAGUGAGGCAACUCUGGCUGCCACACGGCACCUCAGACACCGCUGCGCUGUGUUGGAUGCUUCGCUUGAUGAGAUGAGUGGCGACCAUGUUUCCUGAUGCGAGGCGGAUAGUUUAUCGCCAAUUUUCAUGCCGUGCAGAGGUGAACGCGGAAAAAGGCGUUCAAAUUAAAACGCACUGCACAGUGUAGGGAAACCUCUAAUUGUGAGAACGGCUGCCCGCUUGUAUAUUAGUAACAAUGGGUAUUCCGUCGGCAAGUGGAUUCGUUAAAUCGUUUCAUUCGCUGAUUGUGUGCCUCUGGCAAAUCGGCGGUCUAUGACGCUCUCGCACGCAUGAUUAUUAAUGCCGGAGGCUACAUAUGCGUACAUACAUAUGUCCGUACUACAUACUAGCAUAUACACAUAUGCAUAAGUGAAACAAAACGGUUCGCCAUUCACAUUGUUUGAGUGCAGUGAAUUCCGACACAAAUCUCGGUAGUUACCAAAAUUGUGCCGUCUUUAAAGUGAUGAUUCAUAUUUGCCCAGACAAGUGAAAGUGAAAAUCAGAAAUAUUUAAUAUAUAUUCUAUAUAACUAAAAAAGUUGGUGUUGCGAAUGUAGGAAUUUUGAAAAAAAGAGCUGUGCAAUGAAUUAAGCUAUACUCUUUCGUACAUAGUUUUCAAUUAAAUUCAAAAUAUAAGUGAUUGACGACGAUCUCACGAGUAAUGGAUCAUCCAAGUAGCGGUUUUGUGGCAUCGCCAUGGGCAGCAGUUUUGGGCCAUCACGCUAUGGCAGCAACGGCUGCUAGCGCUGAUGCGGGAUUCGCGGCAGCAGCAGCGGCACAUGUCCAGAACGUAGCGGCGGUAGCUCAACAUCACCAUCACCACCCACACCACCAUCAAAUCGCCGCUGCUGCUCACCACCACUCGCACCAUCAUCCACAUCAUCACGGCCACACACACCACUCGCACCACACACAUCACUCUCACCACCUCAAUCCGACGGCCAUGCCCAUGGAUUUACAUGUACCACAAGGAUUUCCAUACUACAGAUAUCGCGACGAUGCUCUUUGCUGGGGUGAUAGAAAAUCGAUGGAAGAAAUUGGAGCCGCCCAAUCUUCGGUAAAUGCAAGAUAUAAUUAUAGAAUAAAAGAUGAAGAAGAAAUAGUUAUAAGUAAUGUUAUAAAUGCAGUAGUUGGGCAAUGA